GAAAAUAGCCACUUCUAAAAGUGGAUACAGUUUUAUCUCGUUUUAGCAAAGUUCCAAGAACUAGGGUGAAAAUUAGUUCUUUUGAAAUGUUCGAAGAACGGAAAUCUUAAAAUGGAUGGAUUUUACCUAUUAAAGCAUGUCUCGUGUCGAGUCUUAACGAAGCAAACUUUACUGAAUCCUCAAAUGAAACUUCGAUGGUGACUAACGAAACGCUACUGGUCACAGAUGGUGCCGAAUUCAUUACUUUGAAAACGGAACGAAACUUAAGCAGCUCUUCUACCGAACAUAAUUUAGAUCACGGGCUUACUUCUGAAGUUCAGGUGACAGAAGAGUUACACGAAGACCACGAGACAACCACAGAAGCGACUGGUAUCGACGAACUGGGAUGCGACAGAGACAGGAGGAGAAAGUACGAGCGAAAAUGCGAAGCUGCUUAUGAAAUGGUUUCGGACAAAAACGAAGACAUCAGAAACGACGAAGAAAGAAAAGAGGCCAAAUGCUGUUCCAUGGAAGACUACGAAAAGUGCGUUCUACAAGCCCUGGACAGAUCAAAUUGUGGACAUCACAAGCCCGCCCUACGAACGGAUCUACAAGCCACUCGUUUGCUCAUGAAUGUUAUUUCCAACAUUACUUGCACGGAAUACAGAGGGAAAUGUGGUUCCUACCCCUCGGCUGGAAAUCCUACGAAAGCAGGUGUCAACUAUGUGAUUAUGACUUUGAUCUUUGGAAUCCUCUUUUCUUAAA